UGGUCUGCUCUAGUAGCUCACACGUGAAAGCGGAGACCUGCGGUUGAACUCACCGUGGGUUUGUGUGUGUGUGGUUUGGACCGGACCGGACCGGGUACUACGGAUCUGUGAAUCCGGCUCCAUGCUGUACCUGAUCGGCCUGGGGCUCGGAGACCCCACGGACAUCACAGUGAAGGGUCUGCGGGCGGUGAAGGCCUGUUCCCGGGUCUACCUGGAGGAGUACACCUCUGUGAUGAGCGGAGGAAAGGAGGCUCUGGAGUCUUUCUAUGGCAGGUCUCUGGUCCUGGCUGACAGGGACUUGGUGGAACAGGGGGCUGAGCAGAUCCUGAAGGACGCCCAUGAGACCGACGUGGCCUUCCUGGUGGUGGGGGACCCCUUUGGAGCCACCACCCACAGUGACCUGGUCCUCAGAGCAGUGCAUGCUGGGAUUCCAUACAAAGUCAUCCACAACGCUUCCAUCAUGAACGCCGUGGGCUGCUGUGGUCUGCAGCUCUAUAACUUUGGGGAGACGGUGUCUCUGGUUUUCUGGACGGACUCGUGGAAACCUGAGAGUUUUUACGACAAAAUCUGUAAAAACCGAAAGUCUGGACUUCACACCCUGUGUCUGCUGGAUAUUAAAGUUAAAGAACAGUCCAUCGAGAACAUGAUGAGGGGAAAGAAAAUCUACGAGCCGCCUCGCUUCAUGACGGUGUGUCAGGCGGCCAGUCAGCUGAUCCAGAUCAUCCAGAGGAGGAGGGACGAGGGGGAGGAGCUGGGUCUGACAGAGGACACUGUGUGUGUGGGCGUGGCCAGGCUGGGCUCUGACGACCAGAGCAUCCGCACGGGGACGCUGCGUCAGCUGGAGUCAUGUGACCUGGGCGCUCCGCUCCAUUCACUGGUGGUCACAGGUCAGCUCCACCCCCUAGAGGUGGACAUGCUCCGACUGAGCGCAGAACCAGGAGCACUGGGACACCUGACCAUGGUGGACGGGUCCACCUACACCUCCUAGACCUGAGGACCCACAUGAGGACAGGUCCACCUACACCUCCUAGACCUGAGGACCCACAUGAGGACGGGUCCACCUACACCUCCUAGACCUGAGGACCCACAUGAGGACGGGUCCACCUACACCUCCUAGACUUGAGGACCUACAUGAGGACGGGUCCACCUACACCUCUUAGACCUGAGGACAGGCUGAAUGUGUCCACUGUCCUCCAGUCCAGACGGAUGCUUGGAACCAAAUGUCUGUUUCUGUUUGUUUUGUUUUUUUUGUUUCUGUUGUUGAUCUAAACUCAGACUCCUGUUUUUUUUUUGUUUUUUUUUUUUAACUCAGACUCCGUCUGUUUCUGCUCAUGUUUGACCAACAUCAUCACAUCAGGUCACAUGACACCAGUCUAGGACACAUGGGCAGGGGGAGAGGCCACAGCUGAGCUAAUGCUAAAUGCUAGUUUGGAUCAAAGUGGUUUUACAUUUUAGAAGAACCAUGAUGACAAUAAAAAGAGAUGAU